GGCACGGUCAUCCGGGUGUUCUCUGUACCUGAUGGGCAAAAGCUCUAUGAGUUUCGGAGAGGAAUGAAAAGGUAUGUGACAAUCAGCUCUCUAGUUUUCAGUAUGGACUCACAGUUCCUGUGUGCCUCCAGCAACACGGAGACCGUGCACAUUUUCAAGCUGGAACACCUCACCACCAGCCGUCCAGAAGAGGCUUCCACCUGGAGUGGCUACAUGGGAAAGAUGCUCAUGGCUGCUACCAACUACCUCCCCGCCCAGGUGUCAGACAUGAUGAACCAGGACAGGGCCUUUGCCACCGGACGCUUGAACUUCUCUGGGCAGAAGAACAUCUGCACCCUCUCCACGAUCCAGAAAUUGCCAAGGCUGCUAGUUGCAUCCUCUGAUGGACAUCUUUACAUCUAUAAUUUGGACCCUCAGGAUGGAGGAGACUGUGUCUUAAUCAAAACCCACAGCUUGCUUGGCUCAGGAACAACAGAAGAGAACAAAGAAAACGACCUCAGACCUUCCUUACCUCAGUCUUAUGCAGCAACUGUAGCCAGACCGAGCACAUCUGCAGCCUCCACCGUGCCAGGUUAUUCUGAGGACGGUGGCGCACUCCGAGGAGAAGUGAUUCCUGAACACGAGUUUGCAACGGGACCAGUGUGUCUUGAUGAUGAGAAUGAAUUUCCCCCUAUAAUCUUGUGCCGUGGAAGUCAGAAGGGCAAAACGAAGCAGUCAUGACGAGCACCGCACCUCAGAAAUCAGGACAUCCCCUGUCAGGUGGUUUUGGAGAAAACAAGGAAGGUGGAAGAAUGGCGUACACUUGUGUGACCAGAGAGGGGGGUCAGGAAUCCUGGGUGCUGUGCUCCUAAGCCACAGGACAUGGUUAACUCCUCAUCCAGUCCUCUUAGCCUGGGUGCCAGUGGACAUGGGGACAUUACAUUCAUAUCGUGCUAUUUAAAAUAACGUCAAACCACAGUGUAAAUGCUAACUAACCAUAUUGGUAUACAACCAGAAUUUUAUAUUAAAAAGGGCAUCCUUUUUAAAUGUAUGCUGUGUAAAAAAUGUACUUACAGGAAAAUCUCUUUGAAUUGUAUUUCUUGUAUAUUACAUCUAGACUAUUUUAGCCAGGCAAAGUAUUUUUGCAGUGAUUACAAUCAGUUCUUUAUUACCUUUGAGUCCCAUUUAGGACACUAAAUAAAUAAAAUCAUGGCAAUGCA